AUGGUUCUCCUCCGCUUCCCUCUCGAGACCAACCAGUCAUACAACGCUCCUUCCCUGGAAGCCCUCUCUAUCUCGCAAAAGCCGAGGCUCACCAAGCUCCCACUCCCGGCAUUCUCCCAUCUCGUCGCACCAAUCCAGACUUCUCCAACGGAAGAGGUGACAACAUACACCUAUGCCGCACCCGCAAACCCUACCACGCUCUCCUCCUCCGACCGUCCUCAACUGAAGGGCUUCCCAUUCAUGUCCUCCUUCUCCCUCCUCCCCACCACAAGCCACUACGAAACCCGCUCCUCCUUCGAUGACGACGACAACGAGUCCAUCUCCGGUCUUUCCGACUCCAUGCCCGACACCCCCGCUGGCCUAUCCGACUGCGGUUCCUCCAUGUCCGAAGGCAGCGAACUCCUCACCCCGAGAAAGAAGAGCGUGACGUUCGCGUACAACAACCCAACGCCCGCAUACACCUACAACCGCGACGACUAUGACCGCUCAUCCUUCCCCGUCUCUAUCCUCAAUGACGACGAGUGGCGUGAACUCCAAGGCUGGAGGAGAAAAAUGAGGAGACAGUUUUUGCAGGAGGCGUCUGGUGAGAAGUGCUCUUUCGACUGGUUCGAAACGUAA